AUGAAGCUCGAAGACUUUGAUAACUACAAGUUUGCUCCCAUUCGUGAAUCCCAGGUCAGUCGCGAGAUGGUGACUCGUUACAUGAACGAUAUGCUCCAUUAUGCUGAAUCAGACGUUGUCAUUGUAGGCUGUGGUAGUGCUGGUCUUUCUUGUGCUUGGGAACUUUCAAAGGACCCGAGCUUGAAAAUUGCCAUUAUUGAGCAAAACGUUGCUCCCGGCGGCGGAUGUUGGCUGGGUGGACAAUUGUUCUCGGCUAUGAUUGUGCGCAAGCCUGCGGACAAGUUUCUUGAUGAACUUGAUAUUCCUUAUGAUGAAAAAGAAGACUAUGUCGUUGUCAAACACGCCGCCUUGUUCACUUCUACCAUCUUGUCCAAGCUUUUAAUGCGUCCUAAUGUCAAGCUUUUCAAUGCUACUGCUGUUGAAGACCUUAUCGUCAAGAAGAAUAAGGUUGCCGGUGUUGUCACCAACUGGACUCUUGUCUCUCUCAACCACGACACUCAAUCCUGUAUGGACCCUAAUGUCAUCGAGGCCAAGAUUGUCGUUUCUGGUACCGGACAUGACGGUCCUAUGGGUGCAAGUGGCGUCAAGAGGUUAGAAUCCAUUGGUUUAAUUGCCCAAAAGAAGGGUAUGCUCUCACUUGACAUGAAUGCUGCUGAAGAUGAUAUCGUCAAGUACACGAGAGAGGUUGUUCCUGGAAUGGUCGUGACCGGAAUGGAGCUUGCCGAACUCGAUGGCGCCCCCCGAAUGGGCCCUACCUUUGGAGCCAUGUUGAUCUCUGGUCAAAAGGCUGCCUAUGCUGCCCGUGCUUCUCUUGCCAGACAAAUCAAGGAAGAGAAGUUGGCCUCUAAGGCUUAA